UUGGGUACAUGCAGCACAUAUAAUUACCGGGUCUAAAGUAAAUAAAUAAAUAUUAACUUUGCAGGUAUUACCGGCUAAAUAUGAAGUUCUCACAUUUGUUAUGUUUGGUGAGUACCGGAAAACUGAAACACCCCUGGCUAUUCGCAGGAUACGCGCUUUGCCGUCACCGAUCCUGCUGUUGCUACGUUUGCCGCCGUCGCCGCCGCAGGAUCGACAACCCACCACCAACCCAGCGCCGCUCAACGACCGACAGACCAUCCGACCGACGACGGACCAAACAACCGCGGUGAGUACCUUAGCAUCAGAAGAUGAACUAUUCAAAAUGAAUGAUAGGAAUCUCAAUGCUACUGGACAGCAGCCAACUAACAUAUCUCCUAUUCCAUCUACGUCAAAGCAGACAGUUAAUAAACCAUCGACUGCUAGCCCUGCUAUGAGUCCAUCUAUUCUUUGUGACGCAGAAUUUCAACCAGAAGUAGUUCAGGAGGAAGCUGCUGUAAGCCCAGAUCCAAUUCCAACCAUAUUAUGUGCAACACCAACACGAGCUGCUAUUCGGGAGGAACAUAUCGUCAGAUCUACCGCAACUCCGUCAAAAUCAUAUUUUAAUGAGACCGAUACUAAUGACGAUGAAACAGUAACUGACUUUGUUGAUAUUCUAAAAAUUGUGAGCCCACUGCCGCAACAACUCAUAACUAAUAAAGAAACGAGAUUGAAGAACAAAAAACAUUCUGAAAUUAUAACAAGCACUCCAAUGAAGGCAAUAUUUGACGAAAAGAAGAGGAAAAGGACUGAAAAAGAGAAAAAUACUAAAAAAAAUAAAAAGACUGUAAUAAAGAAAAUUGCACCGAAGGUAAAUGUAACAAACGGAAACUUACCAAAGGUAGAAAGUGAUGAUGAAGAUUCAUCUGAUGAUCAAAUUGACGAAUGUACAAUUUGCGACGACGAGUCAGAAUACUCAGAAGAUGAAACUUUAUGUGCAAUUUGCUUAGACACGGGAAAAAGUGGAGAGAUGUGGUACCGAUUCAGAAGUUGUGGAAACUGGGCUCAUGAAGAAUGCUCUGGAAGUGAUAGUCCAGCUUCUUAUAUUUCUACAUUUUGUUUGGAUCCGUAA